UUGAGCGCGGAGAACGCCAAAACCUGUGCCCAGAGAGAGAACGAGGAGAGUAAGCAAUUGGUCUCGAAACUUUGUUUACUUUUUUUUUGCUCCAGAAAAGUUUGAAACUUGUAACAAACUCAAAAUACCAUUUGCAUCCGAAAAGUGUGGAUAUCAUUACGAUUGUGGAUUGGACGAGUGCUAGAGAGGAUCUACAGCUGGGCAGAGGCAGAACAGGUCAGUCGAGAUUUGUUGAAUAGCAGCAGCAAGGAGAGAGGACAAGCCACACAAUAAAGUUUUACAAUUAAUCAGCAGAGGAUAAAUUAAACAUACAUUUGCAACAAUAACCAGGAAUAACAACAACAACAACAACACCGAGGUGCCCUUAGACAAUCUACUCGUACAACAACAACAACAAAAGCCUAUUGAAAUUGAUAACUGCCGAUUUUCGUACUGACAAUAAAACUAAAGCGAAAAAGUUUAUUACACAAAAACCCCCAAAAAAAAAGAAAAAACAUAAAACCGACAAAACAAAAAGUUCAAAUAAAACAAAACAAAGGAUCAUUUGUGUGACGUUAAAAUCAACCCAUAUAAAACAUAAGGAAAUAUAAAUUGAGACGUUGCAAAGAUGGGUCGCAAAAUCACAGUGGCUGUGUCCACAUUAAAUCAAUGGGCAUUGGAUUUUGAAGGGAAUCUGGCAAGAAUAUUGCAAUCAAUAUUGGAAGCUAAAGAUAUGGGAGCCAGCUAUCGCACUGGGCCCGAAUUGGAAGUGUGUGGCUAUAGCUGUGAAGAUCAUUUUCGUGAGCCGGAUACAUUUCUACAUUCUUGGGAGACGCUUUUGGAAAUUAUGAUGUCGCCCAUUUGCGAGAAUAUGCUGGUCGAUGUCGGUAUGCCUGUGAUGCAUCGCAAUGUGGCCUACAAUUGCCGUGUUGCCUUCUUCAAUCGCCAAUUAUUGCUGAUUCGCCCCAAAAUGGCCUUGUGUGAUGAUGGUAAUUAUCGUGAAUCUCGCUGGUUUACCGCCUGGACGAAAUCGUUGCAAACGGAGGAAUAUCUCUUGCCACGGCUGAUAUCGGAACAUACGGGCCAGCGGACAGUGCCCUUUGGAGAUGCUGUCAUUGCCACCCGGGAUACAUGUCUGGGCUAUGAGAUUUGCGAAGAAUUGUGGAAUGUGCGUAGCAAGCAUAUCGAGAUGUCGCUAGCCGGCGUCGAGUUGAUAGUGAAUGGCUCGGGCAGCUAUAUGGAAUUGCGUAAAGCUCACAUUACCACCGAUUUAAUAAGGAAUGCCAGUUUUAAAGCUGGCGGUGCUUAUCUCUUUAGUAAUCUACGCGGUUGUGAUGGCCAGCGAGUGUAUUUCAAUGGCUGCUCGGCAAUUGCCUUGAAUGGCGAUAUCCUGGCUCGUGGCCAGCAAUUUGCUCUGCAGGAUGUGGAGGUAACACUGGCGACUAUCGAUUUGGAGGAGAUACGGGCAUAUCGUGUCAGUCAGCGUUCACGUUGCUCGGCUGCCGCUGGAGCGGCCAGUUAUCCGCGAAUUCAUUGCGAUUUUGAAAUGUCCACGCACAGUGAUAUAUUUAAGACAUCGACGCCGCCACUGAAUUUUCCAAACCAUACGCCCGAGGAGGAAAUCGCCUUGGGCCCGGCAUGCUGGCUUUGGGAUUACCUACGUCGCUCUGGACAAGGUGGUUUCUUUUUGCCCCUCAGUGGUGGCGUCGACUCGAGCAGCUCGGCCACAAUUGUCCAUUCGAUGUGUCGUCAAAUUGUCCAUGCCGUCCAAUUAGGCGAUGCCCAGGUGCUGCACGAUAUUCGCAAAAUUCUAGCCGACACGGAUUACACGCCAGACAAUCCGGCCGCACUCUGCAAUCGGCUUUUGGUGACCUGUUUCAUGGGCAGCGUGAAUAGCAGCAAGGAGACACGACGACGAGCUGCCCAAUUGGCCAAUCAAUUGGGUAGCUAUCACAUUGAGAUCAGCAUCGAUCUGGCAGUGAAUGCCCUCUUGGGCAUCUUCAAUGCCGUGACCGGUUUGACGCCACGAUUUCGCACCCAGGGCGGAUGUGCUCGACAAAAUUUGGCUUUGCAGAAUAUUCAAUCGAGAAUUCGCAUGGUUCUGGCCUAUAUUUUUGCUCAGCUCAUGCUUUGGGUGAGAAAUCGUCCUGGCGGUCUGCUUGUUCUUGGCUCGGCCAAUGUGGAUGAGUCAUUGAGGGGUUAUUUAACCAAAUACGAUUGCUCAUCGGCCGAUAUAAAUCCCAUUGGUGGCAUUAGCAAGACUGAUUUGCGGCGUUUUCUGAUCUAUGCCAAGGAUAAAUAUAAUCUUCCAGUGUUGGAGUCGAUAAUAGAUGCUCCGCCUACAGCCGAAUUGGAACCACUUCAGGAGAACGGCGAGUUGCUGCAAACCGAUGAACAGGACAUGGGCAUGACCUAUGCUGAGCUGAGCCAAUAUGGACGAUUGCGUAAGCAAUCAUUCUGCGGUCCAUACAGCAUGUUCUGUCAUCUGGUGGCCACAUGGAAGGGUGAUCUAAGCCCCAAGGAGGUGGCCGAUAAGGUGAAACAUUUCUUCCGUUGCUAUGCCAUCAAUCGGCACAAAAUGACAGUGCUAACACCAUCGGUGCAUGCCGAAUCCUAUAGCCCCGACGAUAAUCGUUUCGAUCAUCGUCCAUUUUUGUACCGCGCCAACUGGAGUUGGCAAUUCAAGGCCAUUGACGAUGAGGUAGAGAAAUUGCAACCCAUCUAUACUCCAUCGUCCCUGCCCAGUCAUCUGCGGCCAAGCAGCGAUGAUCUAAUGCUGUCAAGUACCCAGAGAACUGGCUCACAAUUGGACGAUUCUAAACACUCAUCGCCUUUGUCAUCGGCCUCUGCGUCAUUGGACGUGGGCGGCGGCAUCUCUACAGCUGCCAUGCCGCCAGCGCUUGCCAAGAAGCCCAGUGGCUAUUCCAAGGUUCAUGUGAAUGUGUUGGGCAAAAUUAAGGAUCGCACUGGCAUACCAGUCUAGGCAUCAUCAUCAUGAUCAUCAUCAUCAACUAAUCGCCGAGACAUUGCACUUGGAAUUGUUACAAUUACAUUUAAAAUUCGAUUCGGUUUUGUUGAUUUUCUUUCUUUGCCAUUGACUAUUCCCUGUAUGUUCUUGCAUAAUUCUAAUACAUUAAUCAUAAGAUCAAAAUAUUAGUCAUAGUCAUAGUAGUCCUUCUGCUUUAGCUCGACAAGUGGCAUGUUUAUCGUUUCGUUUUUCUUGUCGCGUCUCAAUCUGUAAGGCUAAAUAAAAAUCCAAUUUUUGUUUGUUAGGUGCUAUGCAACUAAAUUGAGCACAAACCACAAAUUUCUUGCACAAAACUGUGUCAAUUAAACACACAAAUACAAACACAAACACAAAGAGAAUACAAAGUAAAAAGUCGUGUCAAUUAAGGCCCGCUAACUCAACAAGAUGAUAAUCGUAUAUUCCACACAAUUAAGUUCAUUUUUUCCAUAGUAAAUUUUAUACAAUUUUGCUCAAGUGCUCUUAUUCUGGGUGUUAUUUCGCUGACUUAACGGGUCUAACAAACGUUUGUAAAGCCAUAUUCCUUAAAUUAAAUAUCCUGUGACUUUAUCUUAAUAUAUACUAAUAUAUAUAUAUAAAAAUUUCAAUUUAUUCGUCUUGCACGACUUUCAAAUUUUGUCUCCUAUCUUGAAUCUAAUAAUGAUUAGUCAUGAAAUUCGUUGUAGUAUCUAGAAGUGAAAGAAAUGAAACCUUUACUAAAGAAAUGCUUGGAAAUUACUAAUAUAUAUAUAUAUACAUAUAUAUAGAGAUAUACUAAGGCGAUUAGCACAAAUUUCAUAUCAAUCAAUCCAUGCACUUAUAUGUUUUACCUUAAAGGUGGCUAUCAAAAAAUUUAUAUAUACAUAAUUACAAUCGAUAUUUGAGACACCAUCGACUAUCUAUCUAUAUUAAUCAAUGUGGUAUGGCAAAUCAGUUUAUUUAAUUAAGUACGAUUUUUGAAAAUUUAAUUAUUGGUAUUAAAAUACUACUACUAAA